UACCAACCAGCCAACAUGAGCUCUGGAACCUCUGGACAGGCAGCCUUCGGCCUCGGCCGGAAAAAGAAGAGCCCCGGCGUCCUGGAUCAAAUCGGAAAGUUCUUCGGAGGGGACAAGAAGAAGAAGGGCAAGGGCUCCUUCCGUGGUCUGUCCUCCUCCCCCCAGCGACCUGCUGCGUCCCGUAGUCGCCGUGGGGAUGAGAAUGCGGUGGUGCACUUCUUCAGAACCAUCGUGUCUCCUGCCCCACCCAAGUCUAGGUGGAGAGGACUCUCCGCAAAGUUAGGCCUGGCUGACCAGAAGAAAGGUCGUGCUGGGGACGGCCAGGGGACCCUGACCAAGAUCUUCAAAAUGAGCGGCAGCCGGUCCGCAUCGCCAGCCAAGCGCUGAGGUCUCCGACGCCUCCCACUGCGAAAAAAGGAAAGGAAGUUUAAGGAAAAGAGGGGGGAAAGGAGGAGAGGGGGGACAGCGCAGAGGAAUCUCCAUCUCUCCUUCCACUCGCCUGGCAACCAUCCCCCACCUGGUCCUGCACAUCUAAUGCACUAACCUCACCCAGAUCGUUGAUGGCAGGUGGCAACACAAUCUGUGCCCCCCCAAACUUUGGCUACCCCCUUCUCUGCAGUCUUCCAUUUUGUCGAGUUCCAUUUGUUGUCCCAAACAGUCGAGUUGGUCCCACGUUUGCCCAGUCAAGCAACCCAGGUUAUUUAUCUCUGCCCACAGUUGUUUAUCCUCCGUCUGCCUGUCUUAAAUCGAAUAACACCGUAACAAUAUCUACCCAGACUGGACUGGGUUGAGGCAGGUUCAAGAUAACCGUCUAGCUACAGACCUUCAGUGUGCCUUCGGUCCAGCUCUGGUUGAGUUCUCUAUGCCAUAUGCGUCUCGUCACACCUGUCCUUGUCUUUCUCAAAGGGGCAUCUCUGUGAAUCUGUAUAAUCAAGCACAGCUUAGAUAAUAUGAUGUUUGAAGCAUUAGAUAAGCAAUUCCAGCUUAUGUGAGGCACUCUUUGUUAAGUGUUAUUCAUUAGUGUUAAUGUUCUGUACAGCAUGUUGUGCACUAUUUCUCAACAUCAUGUCUUGUGUAUGAUACUCCUCAUGUGUUUCCCAUGAAAGCCUUUGACUGGGCAUGAAUUGUAAUGAUGUUCUUUGAAGCUAUCUAAACAACUAUCUAAACUUCCGAUGGAAUUCUAUCUUUGUUGCAGUAUGGAUUGAUAAUUUAACAAUAAAAGGGUAUGGCCAUCCUUUCCUAACAA